GCAAAGCUGAGGCUGCUGCAGCUGCCAUAGAGCUAAUCGUGCGUGCUGCGCUUGCACUUCGCAGUAACAAGGUAUUUUUGCAAGCAUUUAUCGACCGAGUUGCAGCCGCAGCGAGUGCAACCGCAGAUGCUCAUGAAACUCCGGAGCUGGCUGCUCAGUGCUUGGACCUCCGUCGUCGGCGCCUUCGUGUCCCCGCGCACGAAUAAGGUACCAAAGCCGGCGCUCGCGGCGGAGCCCGCCGGCACGCGUACAGCUGCGGCACCGCAAACAGCGCUCGCGGCGGAGACCGCCGGCACGCGCACUGCGGCACCCCAAGAAGAGCUCCCGGGCGACGGCUGGGCGACGACGCGGACCGGCGCCGCCGGGCCCGACUUGGACGGCGAGGCGGCCUUCGCGGACUGGCUCGACAAGGCAUUACGCGGGGCGCCGAACCAGGCCGCCUACGGCCAAACCUACUUGGAUAGCGCCGCGGCCGUCGUGCGGUGGCGGCGGCGCUACCGGGGCAACCCGAAGCUCUGGAAUAGAUUAAUGAAGGACAAGGUCGUCAAGGAGUUGAUCGAGUGCGCGCCGGUCGUGGCGGCCUGUAGGGACUACGUGGACGCUCACACAACACCGGUCACGGUCGUGGACCUGUGCUCGGGCAAGGGCUACCUCGCGAUGCUGCUGAGUGAGCUGUUGCCGAAGGACAAGGUGUCGAGGAUCGUGCUCGUGGACAAGGCCUGGCCGCUGAACGGCCAGGACGAGCCCCUGCCGCACCAGAUCAACUGGGAUCAUAUCUACGACUACUACGAGGACUGGCCCAUUACAUUAACGACCUCGAAGCAGGAUCUAAAAUGCAAGUCCUCCGUGCGCGGCAUGAAGCGCCGUAUUUUGGACGAGGCGCCCGGGGACAUCGUGGUCCUCGCGGUGCACCUCUGCGGGACGCUGUCGCUCAAGGCGUUGGAUUUGUUCAACUCGCACGAGAAGUGCUCUUUCUUAGUCCUGAAGCCCUGCUGCCUGCCGGGGCUGGUCCACUCGAAGCGCGACGAGGUGUUUGUCGUCGGCGACCAUUCUUUCGAUUCGAAGGAGGUCUGCUCGAACGGGCGCUUCAAGGGUAACGUCUGGAAGGGCCCACCGCGCCAUUUGAUCCGCGGGAAGUUCGAAAGGUGGGCGCGGAACCUCGAGCGGGGGGCGAAGCUGCGCGGCGACGGCGUCAGAAGACUGGAGAACAUCACGGUGGAGACCUGCGUGGAAAUCAACCAAUGCGUCGCGUCGUGAAGUUUUGAUUUCCACACAGGUGCAGACCGAGGGGGGUUUCCAGAACGCGUUCAUCUUCGCCGAGCACGACGUGCCGACGGCGCCGCUCUGGGACGGCCUCGCGCGGCGCGGACGGAUGCCAGCAUAGUAAA